AUGUCGCAGCUAAACACCACGGCGCUUAGUCACACAUUUCUUUUGCAUCCAAAGACAGCAACAAUCAUCAGAAAAACACGACAAGCAUUUGGGCGACUCUACGUUCAGAUCGGAGCUGUCAAAGUGUUUCCGGAUUUCAGCGGGGCGGGCGGGCUGCGGGACCUCUACCUCCGCAAGCUGCUGCCGCUGGAGGAGCACUACCGCUUCCAUGAGUUCCACUCGCCCGCCCUGGAGGAGGCCGACUUCGAGAACAAGCCCAUGGUGCUGCUGGUGGGGCAGUACAGCACCGGCAAGACCACCUUCAUCCGAUACCUGCUUGAGCAAGACUUUCCAGGCAUGCGGAUUGGUCCAGAGCCUACCACAGAUUCCUUUAUUGCUGUGAUGUAUGGAGAAACAGAAGGAAAUGUUCCUGGAAAUGCCCUAGUUGUUGAUCCUAAGAAGCCAUUCCGGAAACUCGGCCGCUUUGGAAAUGCUUUCCUCAACAGGUUCAUGUGUUCUCAGCUUCCAAACGAGGUGCUGAAGAGCAUCAGCAUCAUUGACAGCCCUGGAAUUCUCUCUGGAGAGAAGCAGCGCAUCAGCAGAGGCUACGACUUCUGCCAGGUCCUCCAGUGGUUUGCUGAGCGGGUUGACCGAAUCAUCCUCCUUUUUGACGCCCACAAGCUGGACAUAUCUGAUGAGUUCUCGGAGGCCAUUAAGUCGUUCCGGGGCCAGGACGACAAGAUUCGAGUGGUGCUUAACAAGGCUGACCAGGUGGACACGCAGCAGCUGAUGAGGGUCUACGGGGCACUGAUGUGGUCCCUGGGGAAGGUGAUCGACACGCCCGAGGUGCUGCGGGUCUACAUCGGCUCCUUCUGGGCCCAUCCCCUCCGCAACACCGACAACCGCCGGCUCUUCGAGGCCGAGGCACAGGACCUCUUCAAGGAUAUCCAGAGCCUCCCGCAGAAGGCUGCUGUCAGGAAGCUCAAUGAUCUCAUUAAAAGGGCGAGACUUGCAAAGGUUCAUGCUUAUAUCAUCAGCUAUCUGAAAAAAGAGAUGCCCUCUGUAUUUGGGAAAGAGAACAAGAAGAAGGAACUGAUCAACAAAUUGCCAGAGAUCUACAUCCAGCUGCAAAGGGAACACCAUAUCUCAGCAGGAGACUUCCCUGAAGUCAAGAAAAUGCAGGAGCAGCUGGAGAAUUGCGACUUCACAAAAUUUCAUUCUUUGAAACCAAAGCUAAUUGAAGCUGUGGAUAACAUGCUGGCCAACAAAAUUGCCUCCCUGAUGAACCUAAUCAGACAGGAAGAGAGCAACAUGCCCACAGAGAUGGUUCAUGGUGGAGCAUUUGAUGGCACCAUGGCAGGACCUUUUGGCCAUGGAUAUGGGGAAGGUGCUAAGGAAGGAGCUGAUGAAGAGGAGUGGGUUGUUGCCAAAGAUAAACCUGCUUACGAUGAGAUUUUCUACACUCUGUCACCAAUCAAUGGCAAAAUAUCUGGGAUUAGUGCAAAGAAGGAGAUGGUGACUUCUAAACUACCCAAUAGCGUCUUGGGGAAGAUCUGGAAACUUGCAGACUGUGAUGGCGAUGGGAUGUUGGAUGAUGAAGAGUUUGCAUUAGCAAAGCAUCUCAUCAAGAUUAAACUGGAUGGGUAUGAACUGCCUGGCACACUACCUUCCCACCUGGUGCCUCCAUCUCACAGGAAACCUUUCCAGACAGCAGAAUGAGCAAUGCAGGGAAAAGAAUGAAGAUUUUGAAAAUCCCACAGGAAAUGUGUUAAAAAUACCAAAAUUUGAAGUUAAGCUUAGAUCCUUAAACCUCACAGCACAUUUCAUGCAAGUCAUAAGCAUGGCAGCAGGGAAACAUUCCUGUCACUGUCCUUGCUGACCUUCACUCAGACAUGCUUAUCACAAGUGCCUUAUAAUAGCUAUGUCAUAAGGUGAAAAUGUUUUUUAGUCCUAUGUCCAUGUCUCACUGCCUUUACAACCAUAAAGCAGAAAAGACCAUGCAUAAAAGUUGCUGACCUUCACCAAACCUAAAUUACUUACCAACCCUAGUGUCUCCAAACUAUUCUAAAUAGCACACUGAAGCUCAAUGUUAAAUUCACCUGCCUAUGAAGGAGUAUUUAAAUGCUAAAAUGCACUUAAGCCAUUGAGUGAAUGUCAGCAUCUCUAUAGUCUAAAAAUAGGCUGAUAUAAAAGGAAAUCAUUUUCUUUCUUUUUAUUAUUUAAUUUGAGUUAGAUAGAAGAGUGAUGAGGAGAGUUUUGUAAGUGCUCAGAAUAUGAGCAAACUUGUUUUAAACUUCGGAUUCUAUCUAGAACUGCAAAAUACUAGAAUUAUUUUUUUGAUCUGUCAUUGUGUCUUAUCUGAGUAGCUUUUUCAGUUUUACACAGCACUAUAUAUUCAGUAUUAUUAGAAGAACUGAGAUCUCCUUUUUUCCUUGGAUUUAUAAUUUUCUUUGCGGUUUAAGCUUAGUUUCUCUGCAGACAAUGAAUUUCUGAAUGGUUCAAAGUGACAGCAGAGUGGUUUCUUAAGCUAAAAAAAGCAUGUUUGCGUUGAAAUUAAGGCUCAUUUUUUGUUCAGAAAAGGUGUAUUGCACAAAGUCAGCCACUUCAAAGCACAUAAAAUUGUCUCCAGAUACUUUCAUUGGUAUUUAAUUUCUAUUUACGGCUAAUUAUGCAGUUAUGUCUGUGUAUUUUUAAUAUAUAAUAUAUUUAAGAGAAGUUUUUAACUCUAUUGUCAACAUGCAGCUGACAACCAUGAAAGAGAGAUUCAAUUCCCAUGGUGGCAGAUUUGAAGAAUGAGGAGGCUAACAGGAACUGUUACACUGACUGUAAUAAAUGAUAGAUGCAUUCCUCCAAAUAUUAUUGAAAACCAUCCAUUAAAGGAAUGGAUGCUUAACAAACAUUUAUUUUUCAACAACACACAAAGUUGAACAUACUGUCUGCUUACAGCUGAUUUUUAUCAGUACCUUUAAAGAAGGCAAGUCUUUGGCCCUGUGAACUUGAGUCUUUCAGGGAGGGCCAGUUCUUUCCUAAAAUCAAAUUUGGCAGUCAGUUCCACCCUAUUGGUCUAUUCUGGUCUGUUCCUGCAUGAGCAGAAAUUGGCUUGUAUUCCAUUUGUAAUAGGAAAGACCCUACGCAUCAAAGGUACUGUAGUUUUGAGCACUUUUUUGUUAAGUCUCAGUAAGUGGCAGCAGUAAUGUCUUCUGAGACAGAGCAAGCCAAAAUGUGCUUUAACAUCCUUGCAAUAAGGGUGGGGAGGGUUUGGACAUUGUCUCCCAGUAAAGGUUCUAGUCACACUUCCGUGAUCAGUUUUAUGUGUGACAUAAGAAAAGCCUCAGCUUCUUUUUUCAAAUCAUAUUUGUAGGUUGUCAGGUUUAAUACUUCACAUCUUUCUAGACCUCUCAUCUUUCUGCAUCUGUUCUAUUCUGAAGUGCAAUUUCAAUGAACUUUGUCAGGGCUCUUCCAUGGGAAAACAAUGAUGCUAUUUUAAGUAAUGGCAGAACACCACCUUUACCUUGCCAGGUUUCUGGGCCUGUAUCAAGGAUGUCCUGGCAUAGUUAAAUUGUUCUAAGGACUUGGUUUCUAUUUUUUUUAAUUCUUAGGUGUUUUUCCUAUCAUUCAAGCAUACCAACUUUAUUUCUAUUAGACCUAAAUUAGGAGCCAAAUUGACCUUAGUGCAUCUCUGUGCACUUUAGUAGAGCUGUGAAACAGCACUGAGUCUACCUGUGUGACUGUACAUCUGCAGAGUAACUAUUUUCUAUGUAAUUUAUUUUUGAUUGAACAAAAAGUAGUCUGUAAACGUUGCAGGUGUUAAGAAACAGGCUGCAGAAGUAGUAACGUGUGUUUGUGGGUAGUGUCUGCAGUCAGUACCACUUUGUACACUACUGACCAGCUUAGUACUAGUGAGUAGCUUCAUCAGGAAAGCCCCCAGGAGAGGGAAUGCAAGCUUG